AGAGGGGGAGGAGAAGGAGGGGGGAGAAAAGGGAGGAAGGAAGGAAGGAAGGAGGGAAAGGGAAGGAGGGAGCGAGAGAGAGAGAGCGAGAGCGCGGCCGGCGCUGAGAGCUGAGGAGGAGGAAGGCGGGCAGGAGGCGGUGGUUGCCCGCGUCCGUACCGGGGGGGGAGCCGCCAUGUGAAACACCCCCCCCUCCCCCCACGGCCCAGCAGGGCGGAAUGUGCGCCUGGGACGCGACGAAAGUGGCGGGUAUAACCCGUGUGCGGGGAGGAGGAGGACCUGUGCGUGAUAAGCGAGCCUGUGCGUUCAAACACCGAGGGAUGAAUGCGAUCGACGAUGCUGCUUCGCCUCUUCCCCAUCGAAUGUUGAUGCGUUUCGCUGUAUAUUUACCAUUGAUUUGACCUGCGAUACUGAGCAAAAAGCCCCUGAUGGGAGAUGCACGGUAAUAGCGUGUUAACCUUAAGAAGGAAGAGAAAGAUAAUAUCACAAGCACGCAAUUUUUUGAAACUUCAGUAUGAGGCAGGGUGGAUGGCGGAAACGGGCUGGCGAGGGCGAUGGCUGGGGAAUAUGGGGUGGGUACAUGUCAGCAAAGGUUAAGAAAUUGGAGGAUCAAUUCCGGUCAGAUUCAGCCAUACAGCACCAGAGGGAUGGAAAUUCAUCAAGUAUCUUUAGUGGAGUCGCCAUCUAUGUCAAUGGCUUUACAGAUCCCUCAGCUGAUGAAUUAAGAAGGCUAAUGAUGUUGCAUGGAGGCCAAUACCAUGUGUAUUAUUCCAGAUCAAAAACAACUCACAUCAUUGCCACAAAUCUUCCAAAUGCCAAAAUAAAAGAAUUGAAAGGAGAAAAAGUAGUUCGGCCAGAGUGGAUCAUGGAAAGCAUUAAAGCUGGACGUCUUCUCUCGCACAUUCCGUAUCAGCUAUACACCAAGCAGUCAAGUGUUCAAAAAGGUCUCAACUUUAAUAGCAUAUGCAAACCUGAAGAUGCCGUGCCAGGUCCAAGCAAUAUAGCUAAAGAUCUCAACAGGGUAAAUCAUAUUAAAAAGUGUGAGAUGGAAAAUGAGAUCACAACCAAUGGAAUAAGUAGCUGGAAUGAAGACGAGGAAGAAGAAAGUGAUGAUUUUGGAUUUACGGAGCUGGAGCAGAUCCUUCCUGGACGGAAACAAAAUGGGAUUCAGUCUCAUAAAGACAGCACUGCCAUUUUUAACGGACACACACACACUUCUACCAGUGCCUUAAAGACGCAGGAUUGCUUGGUGCCCUCUGGCAACGGUGUUGCAAGUAGGUUCUCUCCAGGCCCUGUGCAGGAGGAGGGGAAGACUGAAAAAGGCAUGGUUGACUUUAGAGACUGCACAACGCAGCAGUUGCAGAAAAGCAACAAAAAUACAGACUUUUCGUGGAAUCCACAUAGGACUAUGAGUAACUCAUCCUCAUCUUCAUCUUUGCACAGUAAUGCUAAAAUAAAUGGUGCUCACCACUCCACUGUUCAGGGGCCUUCAAGCACAAAAAGCACUUCUGUACCUACUCCUCCUUGCAAGGCAGCUUCCUUACAUGUGUCCAAACCUUCAGAUUGUAGUUUUAUUUCUGACUUUUAUUCACGUUCAAGACUGCAUCAUAUAUCAACAUGGAAGUGUGAAUUGACAGAGUUUGUCAACAGUCUGCAGAGAAAAAACAGCGGUGUCUUUCCAGGAAGGGAAAAAUUAAAAAAAUGGAAAGCAGGCAGGUCUGCACUUAAAACUGACACAGGUAAUGUGUCUGUUGCGACCUCAGCCAAGCCACAGAGCUGUAUAAUGCACGUGGAUAUGGAUUGCUUCUUUGUGUCUGUGGCUAUCCGAAAUAGACCAGAUCUCAAAGGAAAACCAGUAGCUGUAACUAGUAACAGAGGUGCAGGAAAGGCACCGCUGCGCCCUGGUGCAAACCCCCAGCUUGAACAGCAAUAUUACCAGAAUAAGCUAUUGAAUGGCAAAGCAGCAGAAAUUAGAGUACCUGAUAAGCUGGACUCAUCAGGCUGGGAGCAUCCGGAUUCCACACAUGUGAAUGGAGCUGACUUUGAUCUCACUGUUCUGUCCAUGGCUGAAAUAGCUUCUUGUAGUUAUGAAGCCAGACAAAUCGGCAUAAAGAAUGGAAUGUUUUUUGGACAAGCAAAAAAGUUGUGUCCAGAUCUUCAAGCAGUUUCAUAUGAUUUUGAUGCAUACAAAGAAGUUGCACGGACAGUAUAUGAAAUAUUAGCAAGCUAUACUCAUAACAUCGAAGCAGUCAGUUGUGAUGAAGCACUAGUAGAUAUCACUGAAAUCCUUACAGAGACCAGACUGACUCCUGAUGAACUUGCAAAUGCUAUCCGCACCGAAAUCAAAGCCCAAACUAAAUGUACUGCUUCGGUUGGGAUGGGUUCCAAUAUUCUGCUGGCCAGAAUGGCAACUCGUAAAGCAAAACCAGAUGGACAGUAUCACUUAAAACCUGAAGAAGUGGAUGAUUUUAUCAGAGGGCAACUUGUUACCAGUCUUCCAGGAGUUGGCAGGACAAUGGAAUCUAAGCUGGCUUCUUUGGGAAUUAAAACCUGUGGAGAUCUGCAAUGUGCUUCAAUGUCAAAACUGCAAAAAGAAUUUGGUCCAAAAACAGGACAGAUGCUCUAUAGAUUUUGUCGUGGUUUGGAUGAUCGACCGGUUCGUACAGAAAAAGAAAGAAAAUCUGUUUCAGCAGAAAUCAACUAUGGAAUAAGGUUUACACAGCCUAAGGAAGCAGAAGCUUUCCUUCUGAGCCUUUCAGAAGAAAUCCAACGUAGACUUGAAGCUGCUGGUAUGAAGGGUAAACGAUUGACCCUUAAAAUUAUGGUCAGAAAGGCUGGGGCACCAGUAGAGCCUGCAAAAUAUGGAGGUCAUGGAAUCUGUGAUAAUAUUGCAAGGACUGUGACUCUAGACCAUGCAACAGACAGUGCAAAAGUAAUUGGGAAAGAAACACUAAACAUGUUUCACACAAUGAAACUGAACAUAUCCGAUAUGCGAGGGGUUGGAAUUCAGGUACAGCAGUUAGUUCCCAUCAGUAAAACCACUUCGGCUUGCUCAACAGUGCAAUCCGGACACUUACCUGGAGGAUCACAUUCAGUUAUUGAUCUUUUUCAUGUUCAGAAAGCAAAAAAGUGCUCAGAAGAAGAACAUAAGGAAGUAUUUGUCGCUGCUAUGGAUCUUGAAAUAUCUUCUGAUUCAAGAACUUGCACUUUGCUUCCAUCUCGCGGUACCCAUCUUGCAUCUGGUCUUAAUUCUAAUGUUAACAACACUGAGUCUGCUGUCAAAUGGAAUGGCGUACAUUCUCCUAUCAGCGUAAAAUCCAGGCUUAAUUUGAGUAUUGAGGUUCCAUCCGCUUCCCAGCUAGAUAAGUCUGUGCUAGAAGCUCUGCCGCCUGAUCUCCGAGAACAAGUAGAGCAAAUAUGCGCCAUUCAGCAAGGAGAGAAUUACGGCGAUAGCAAGAAAGAGCCAGUAAAUGGAUGUAACACUGCACUUCUGUCACAACCAGUUGGAACAGUGCUUUUACAAAUACCAGAGCUCCAAGAACCAAAUACCAAUACAGGAAUUAACGUGAUAGCCUUGCCAGCUUUCUCACAGGUGGACCCUGAGGUUUUUGCUGCACUACCUGCUGAGUUGCAAGCAGAGCUGAAAGAUGCAUAUGAUCAAAGGCAAAAGCAAUCAGAGCAGCAACCUGCUAACACUUUUGUUUCAAAAAAUCCUUUCCUACACCUGAAGCAUGCAACAAUGAAAAAUAAGAAAAAAAUCAGAAAAAAAAAUCCAGUCAGUCCUGUAAAAAAGAAUCAGAGUCCUUUGAAAAACAGACUCAUUGGAAGCCCUGCAAAAAACAUGCCAGCUACAUCUGGAAGCCCGCAGAAGCUAAUAGAUGGUUUCUUGAAACAAGAAGGAACAGCAGCUCAGUCGGAAGCAGUUCCAUCAACUUCAGAUUCUUCAGGCCCAUCAGCUCUGCAGGCUGAACAGCCUGGUUCAUUUAGGCCACAAGCACCCAACCUGGCUGGAGCUGUUGAAUUCAAUGAUGUAAAGACAUUGUUGAAAGAAUGGAUUACAACUAUUUCAGAUCCUAUGGAAGAAGACAUUCUACAGGUUGUGAAGUAUUGUACUGAUCUAAUAGAAGAAAAAGAUUUGGAAAAGUUAGAUCUGGUUGUUAAGUACAUGAAAAGGUUAAUGCAGUCAUCUGUGGAAUCAGUUUGGAAUAUGGCAUUUGACUUCAUUCUUGACAAUGUUCAGGUAGUUUUACAACAAACUUACGGAAGCACAUUAAAAGUUAUCUGAACUUGUAGUAAAGAGCUUGAUGAGAGCCUGGAGCUCUCUGCUAGCUGUGCCAUAAGUGCUUGUGAGGUAUUUGCAAAGUGCAUGAUAGUAAUGCCCUGAGUUUUUAUAAUUUCAGAUUUCUUUUUAAACAACAAAGUGUUUUGUACAUUUCUUUUCAGAAAGUGCCAAAUUUGUCAGUAUUGCAUGUAAAUAAUUGUGUUAAAAUUCUUUUAUUGUAGUAUAGAAUCUAUUUACAAAAUGUUUGUUUAUAAAGUUUUAUGGAUUUUUACAGUGAAGUGUUUACAGUUGUUUAAUAAAGAACUGUAUGUAUA